AUGGUUAAUGCCACAGCUCUUUUGGUUCAGGAAGAAAAUGUCUAUGUUGAGAGCAUGUUCAGGUGCAAAGCCAUUCUGCCCCUGAGUCUUAUCUGUUUCAGACCUGCAGCCUGUAAGGUGGGCAUCAGCAAAGAAAUGUGGGUCAAGAAUGCAGAUUCAGAGAUGGGACAGAGAAAAUACCUAGCUGCGGGGCUGCAAGAUGGCGGCGCACAGCAGGACCGUGAGGGUGGUUCGCAGCCAGCUGGGCCCACAGUGGAGGCCGACCCGCUGGGCCACUUCACGUGUCCCAUCUGUUCAGAGGUGUAUGAGAAGCCGGUGCAAGUGCCCUGUGGUCACGUCUUUUGCUCUGCAUGCCUGCAGGAAUGUCUGAAACCAAAGAAGCCUGUCUGUGGGGUGUGUCGCAGCUCGCUGGCACCUGGCGUCUGAGCCGCGGAGCUCAAGGGGCACAUUGAGAGCACAGAGACUUCUUGCCAUGGCUGCCAUAAAAAUUCCUUCCUGUCCAAGAUCCGGACACACGUGGCUACCUGUUCCAAGUACCAGAAUUACAUCAUGGAAGGUGGGAAGGCCACCACCAAGGAUGCCUCCCUUCAGCCAAGGAACGUCCCAAACCGUCACACCUUUCUUUGCCCUUACUGUCCCGAGAACUUUGAUCAAGAAGGACUAGGGGAACACUGCAAGUUAUCCCAUAGCACCGAUACCAAAUCUGUGGUUUUCCCCAUAUGUGCCUCAAUGCCCUGGGGAGACCCCAACUACCGCAGCGCCAGCUUCAUAGAGCACAUCCAGCGCUGGCACCAGUUUUCUUACGACACUUUUGUGGAUUACGAUGUUGAUGAAGAGGACAUGAGGUGUUGCAGCACUCCCUCUUCGAUCAGUGAGCAGUCUCUGCUGUCCAUCUCCUGUUCCAGAGCUUCCAUUGUGUGUUAG